AUCCACCACCGACAACAAAUACUCUUGAGUUACUGCACAUUCAUACUACUUACCUUCCUGUCACGGCAUGCAUGCACCUGCAUCCCGCUUGCUUGCCAUCGCACUUGCUCCCCGCCCGUUUCCACCAUCUACUCGCCCUUCAAUGCUCUUGCCCGUGCCCAUGCUCGCCCGUUCUUUCCUCACGCGCGCGCGGCCCGACUCAUCGGUUGCGUUUGCAUGCUGGGCAUCCACCCUGUGCGCUCGCUGGCCUACCGUCCCACUCUGUUGCCUGCUCGCCCGUCCUCGCGUCCGUGGCCAUGAAUCCCCCGUCGGCCGUGUUUGCACGCAGGGCAUUAGUCCUGCGUGCUCGCGGUUGACGU